UUGUGCGCGCCGUCGCUAUUCAUAUAUCCUAGGGCGGACAGAACGCUGAUUUCUGCUUUGAAACACGGCGAGAAGGUCGGACCUUUCUAUUCGAAAACGUUUCUUGUCUCCCCGUGUGGUGACUUUCCUUUGAAGAUAUAAUUCAUUGAUAGUUAUUCCUGAAUCCCAUAUGCGACACAGAUAUAUGUCAACCUGGGAGCCUGUCGGUUGGCCGUAACCGCUACGGGGCGGGCUAUGGCAUUGCUAGAAACUUAUACAUUCUGGAACAACACAUCAGCAAGCUAUCCAUGUUCUUCGUUGGUUCAUCUGCUUUAUUCGCCCUCCUCUGCUUUAGCCCGUUGCUCACAAGAGGGCAGUCGAACGCGACUGUUGUUCUUGACUAUGGAACCUUCAACGGGGCGACCAACGAAACCUCUGGCAUCGUAUCCUACCUUGGAGUUCGGUUCGCCGACGCGCCUAUCGGAGACCUACGCUGGCAUGCGCCCGUCUCUCCGCCAACAACCCACCUAGGCGAAGUCGAUGCUGCCAGCUUCGGUCCCGUUUGUAUCGCAACAUCCCAGAGUUCAUCGACAGUAGAUUUCAACAGGUCAUCGGAAGAUUGUCUCUUUGGAAAUGUUUACGUGCCCAUCGGUGCCAGUACAUCUGCUCCUUUACCUGUACUCGUUUAUUGGCAUGGCGGCGGCUACCAAGGCGGAAACUCGCGCUCGUACACCCCGGAAUGGCUCAUGCAGUCGUCCACGGAACCGUUUAUUUUCGUGACAUUCCAGUACCGACUAGGCCAAUUUGGUUUUCUGGGUGGAUCUCUACUUGCAGCAGAUGGCGUGAUCAAUGCGGGACUCCUUGACCAGCGCGCAGCUCUUCGAUGGGUCCAACGUUAUAUAGGCGAGUUUGGAGGCAAUUCGAGUCAUGUGACCAUAUGGGGUCAGUCUGCAGGAGCAGGUUCGACGAUGUUCCAGGUUAUGGCAAACGGCGGUGAUAAUGAAGACUUAUUUCACGCGGCCAUGGGAGAUAGCGCAUCUGUGAAUUACAUGCCUCUUUACAACGAAAGUUAUCCUGAGGAAUUAUUCUCGCAAUUUGCAUCACUUGCGUAUGUCACUCCAUCCAUUACGAGAUGCUUUUCAUUUGUCUUUUGUAGUGGUUGCGAAGGGCUGGGAAACGACACAUUAACGUGCUUACGAGCUGCAAGUAGCAACACGCUCGCAGUGGCUGGCAACACGACUAUCAAGCAGCGAACGUCGACUUUGUAUUCAUUCUCUCCAAUCAUCGAUGGUACUUUUAUCCGUGAAGGACCGGUAGAGGCAUUUACCAAUGGCCAAUUCGCACAGAUUCCCUUGUUCUAUGGAUCCAAUACCAACGAGGGAGCAAAUUGGUCGGCAAGGCUCACCAAUGCUGCUGCAAACACCUCUACACCUAACGCCACUGAAACAACGGUGUACAACUUCCUCCAAGGCCAGUAUGGCAAUUUCACACUCGAGUCUUUCAAUAAGGCACUUGAAUUGUAUCCCAUUGAGGACUACAACAACUCCCUCGUACUGCAAGGGCAACAGAUGUACGGAGAGAUGAGAUUCAUCUGUACUGCCGUUCUCAUCGCUGGAAGCGCGGCUGACGCUGACCUCGACGUAUAUCAUUAUCACUACGACAAUCCUCAUCUUGGCGACUACCAUCAUUAUGAGCUCCAGGCGAUGUUUCCGGACGAAGAGCCUGACACCACGCCUGAUGAUAACGAUGAAGCACUCUUCGAGAUUAUGAGGGAAUACUGGACCUCGUUUGCUACUUCGGACGUACCGCAAGCGGCAUCUGGGCCGGACUGGGAGAUUGCAUCGUCGAGUGAUGGAAGCCCGCGGAUGCUUUUACAGCCUGGAAAUGUUCAGUUGGAGAAUGUUACAGACGCAUUGAAUGAACGAUGCGAAUUCUGGUACAGCAUAGCUGAAGAGUUACGUAUAUAAUUCUCGUACAACUCGCGCAUGUGUAGAUAUUCUAGUAGAUCUUGAUUGUUGGAAAAGAUUUGACCUAACCCAACCAAUAA